AAUCAACCCUGAACCUUGCACAUCUGGAAUUAAAACAGGCCAUCUUUAGAAGAUGGGUAUAGGCAUUCUAGACACCUUAACCAUUGCAUCUUGCACCUCUUUAACGCUUCAAUUCAUAGAUCCUGUAAGCGUUCCUAAUGCUAGUAAAUGCGCUGUAUUGUCCUUCCUGUGCACUUGGGAGGCGGUUCUCUCUCACACACACUGCCCCCUUAAGCACUUUGCUUACGGUUAUGAAAGGGAAAUACUGCUUACUUCUGUUAGUGUUGUGGAAAAGAGUCUGUGGCAGUGUUGUACAUGUUAAAAUAAUCCCGUUAGAAAGGCGUUUUCGGGUGGAUUAAAUGGCACGGGUCAUUUUUUUCAUACGGAAGUGAUAACCUUAUCAGCUGUGUGUCAGUGGAUUAAUCUGGAGCUCUGACAUGGACUUGCAGUUUUUAGUGUUUCUUCUGAACGGGGAGUUAUUUCUGUGCGCGUCUUUAUCUGAGGCUGUGAGCGCUUCACUGAUGCCCAGAGAUGCCGAGGGCUUUCUUGAGAAAUAUGGCUACCUCCAUGAGCAGGAUCACACACACAGUGCAGACAAAGUCACAUCAGCUGUCAGGCAAUUUCAGUGGUUGUCCCAUCUGCCCAUCACUGGUAGACUGGACAGUACCACGUUGUUGAAGAUGGUAUCACCACGCUGUGGGGUGAAAGACAGAGGUAGCAAUGAAGCCUGGGCACGGCGAGUUAACUCUGUUUUUACAGGGCAAAGUCAACAGCACCUUCGCAAGAAACGCUACACUCGACCAGGAGGGAAAUGGUACAAGCAGAACCUGACAUACCAGAUAGUGAACUGGCCGCGCCAUCUCUCCCACGGUCCUGUGCAGCUAGCAGUGCGAAUGGCUUUCCAGCUCUGGAGCAAUGUUUCAGGAUUGGUUUUCCAUGAAUUGAGUGACGGACCAACAGACAUCCGGCUGGCUUUCUACGAGGGCGAGCACAAUGAUGGCACCAGCAAUGCCUUUGAUGGACCAGGUGGUGCGCUGGCGCACGCUUUUUUCCCAUGCCGCGGUGAGGCUCACUUUGAUAAAGCUGAGCGCUGGACUCUGAGUGGUCACAAAGGUCAUAACCUUUUCCUGGUCACUGCUCAUGAAAUUGGCCACACACUGGGAUUAGAGCACUCACCAGUCCGUCACGCUCUCAUGUCACCAUAUUAUAAGAAGCUUGGUCGCAGUCUACUGCUGAGCUGGGAUGACAUUACAGCUGUGCAACAAUUAUAUGGUAAACCAUCUGGAGGUGCAGUGGUGCAGAUCCCAAGCCAAGAUCUUAGCUGGGCCAUGCAAGAUUGGGAGUUAUCUGACGAGCCUAUGGGAGAUCUUACCUGGCCCCAUUAUUGCAGGAACACAUUUGAUGCAAUCACGAUGGAUGGGAACGGCACAGUGCUAGUCUUCAGAGGUGGUCUGUUCUGGACAGUGACAUCUGGGGGUAAUGUAAGUGCUCCACUUCCUCUGAAGCAGCGUUGGCCUCAGCUUCCAUUCGCCAUCGAGGCUGCUGCCUUCUCUCCACUGGAUGGCAAACUUUACUUUUUCAGUGGCAAACACAUAUGGCGAUAUUCAGGCCCUGCUUUGGACCUUGGCUUCCCCAGGAAGAGCAGCGAGUGUGACAUGCCGCGACACCCAGACUGCGCCUUCUUCUAUGCUCCUCUAGGACACAUGGUGGUCUUUAAAGGCUCACGUUACUUUGUGUUAAACCUGGAGACACUGCACUCUGAGCCAUACUACCCUAGAGGCCUUGCUGAUUGGAAGGGAGUGCCACGGCGGGCCAACGGUGCCGUAACAAGAGCCGAUGGAAGGCUUUAUUUUUUCCGUGAACAGCAGUACUGGAGGUUUGAGCCAAGGAAACUACGAGUCACAGCAAGCGGACGAUGGACAAAGAAGCUGGCAUGGACUGGCUGCCAUAAAACUCCCUCAAAUGAUGUGCUGUGACCAGAUUCCAUACUAAAGUGAAAUAUUCUCUAACAGAAUAGAGCAGAGCUACGUGCAAGUCAACAGACAUGUGACUUUUUAUUCUGUCUGGUGCUAAAUGGAUGCUGUCAUAUGAUGGGGCAAGAGGACAACUUACAGUAUGUAUAAUCAUGAGGUAUGAGUCUAGAACAAAUGUAUAGAACAAAAUGUGAUUUGAAUUUAAUUUUCAUGCUACUAUAAUAUGGAAAUAUGUGUAUAUGUAUGUGUAACUGUACAUAGCACAUUGUAAUUAGCAUAAGAAUAUUUUUUUUGAUAUUUUACAUGAACAGAACAAAUAACUUCUUAUACCUAUUAAAGAUACCUGACUCCACCUGA